CAAAUCCAUGUCACAGUCUCGUCCCAAGUCGUUCUCCCUCUCCACUUUUCAUCUUCCCCCAACAAAUCCAUCGCUUUAUGUGUACUGAAAUUUUAACAGACCCCAAUAGGAUGGGCAAUGAGAAGGCAUUUCCCGUUUCCUGAGAGGCAGGCAUUCUGGUUUUUUCUCCGUCAGAUUUGAGAGCGAAAAUCAAGGGCAGAGUCGGAGCAAAGACGAAAUGCAUCUUCUCAUUUUUGGGCAUUCUUUCGCCGAGCUCGUGGCACUGAUCCUUCUCCCUGGGCUUGCGUUCUAUUUUCUCAAUAAGAAGAAAGCUAAUGCGCGAGAUGCUGAUGCUGGCGCAUCUGAUUCGUUGAUUGCGCUGACGGAAACUAAUUCUGGUGGAUCUAGUUCAUCUCCGACAGAAACGAAUAACGGUGUAUCUAAUUCGUCUCCGACAGAAACUAGCAACGGUACAUCUAGUUCGUUGACUGCGUCAACUGGGAAUUGCUAUGAGGUGUUUUUGAGUUUCAGAGGUCCAGAUACUCGAAAAGGCUUCACCGAUCACCUCUAUAUUGGGCUCGUUGAUGCUGGAAUUCGUACUUUUAGAGACGAUAACGAGCUCCGCCAAGGCGAGGAGAUCGGCCCAGAUCUUUUGGCAGCCAUCAAGAACAGUAAGAUCCUGAUCCCCAUUCUCUCGGUGAAUUAUGGAUCGAGCAAAUGGUGCCUAGAUGAACUGGUUCAAAUAAUGGAGUGCAAGAAUAAUAAUGGGCAGAUAGUGUUGCCUAUAUUCUACAAAGUGAAACCAGCAGACGUGGGACAUCAAAUCGGGAGUUUCGGAGAUGCAUUUCAUGAGCGUGAAAAGCGUUCGCUUGAGAGGAGUUUCGACCCAACAAUUUUGGAGAAAUGGAAGAAAGCACUCCUUGCGGUCAGCACCUUGAAAGGAUACGAAGCCGAUGGGUAUGAAGGAGAAUUGGUGAAAUUGGUCGUCCAAAAAGUGUUGAGGGAGCUGAAGAAAGAGUUUGCGUUGGUUAUUCCUGAAAAUUUGGUCGGAAUUGAUGGUCAUGUGGAGGAGGUUAUGAAAUUUGUAGAUAAUAAUUCUAGUGCUACCCUAUUUAUCGGAAUCCACGGAAUGGGAGGAAUUGGUAAGACGACUCUUGCUAAAACCAUCUACAACAAGCUCUCCAAUCAGUUUAAGUAUCGUAGCUUCAUUGUAGAUAUUAGGGAAUCAUGUCAGCGUAAUGGACUUGAGUACUUGCAGAAUCAACUAAUCUCUGAUAUAUUGAACCAAAAGAACUUAUACUAUAAUAAGGAUGAUGGGACUAAGUUCAUCUCAUCAAAGUUCAAAGAUAAGAAAAUCCUUAUUCUUCUUGAUGAUGUGGAUGAUGUUAAUCAGUUGAAGGCUUUGGUUGGAAACCAUGAUUGGUUUUCUUCUGGAAGUAGAAUCCUCAUAACCACUAGAAAAGUUAGUGUUCUUGACAAUGAAGGGGUGGACUUCAAAUAUGAACAUGAGGUAAUGGAUGAGAAUCAUUCUAUGGUCAUGUUUAGUAGACAUGCAUUUCGAAGUAAUUCUCCUCCAAGUGAAUUUGAGGACCUCGCUCAUGAUGUUAUAACUACCACCGGAGGGCUUCCCUUAUCUCUUGAGGUUUUAGGUUCAUCUUUGUGCGGAAAAAAGCCAGCAUUCUGGAGAGGUACAAUAGACAAGUUAAAAAAAUUCCCUCAUCAGAAAGUGCGAGAAAAGUUAAGGAUAAGUUAUGAAGAAUUAGAUUAUGGACAAAAACAAAUAUUUUUGGAUAUUGCUUGUUUUUUCAUUGGCACUAACAGAAUAAUCACAUCCUAUAUGUGGGACGCCUGUGGCUUUUUUCCAGAAGAGGGAAUUGAAGUAUUGAGAUUCAUGUCAUUAAUAAAAAUUGGAGAUCAUCAUGAGUUCAUAAUGCAUGACCAACUGAGAGAUCUUGGAAGGGAAAUAGUACGCGAGGAAAACCAAGAGGAGCCUCAGUACCGUAGCAGGUUGUGGGACUCCAAGGAAAUCCAGAAAGUGCUAAAGGAAAAUAAGGCAACCAUUUCGUUCCUUUUGCUCACUUAGUCCAUGUUCUACUGUUAGAGUAAUGCUGGUCCUCUACUUGCUGCUUGCUCUAGUGAACAGAGAACUUAUGCUAUAAUUGCCCUCGAAUGUUUCAUUGACUUGAUUAGAAAGUAGGG